GAUUUUGAAGCGCGGUAAUCGAAGGUUGCGUAGCCUCCAUACAACCAGUUGUCUAUCAGCCUAUUUGUGAUGGCAGAGAGCUCGUCUUGGAGUUUUGAUGAAGCUGAUUUGUCUGCAUGUUUCGAUGAUACGAUGAACGGCAUCGGCGUAGGCGUCCGAUCAAUGUUUAAUAUGCGUGACGCUCUAUCAGCUUUACCACUCUGUAAUGAUGAAAGUAAGCUUUCUGAUGAUUCAAACCAUGAAGGUUUAUCAAGUUUCUCUAUGUUGUCUAGUAAUUCGGCGCAGACUGUUGACAAUACUUUUAUUUCAAUGGCUGACACAAACUCUCAUUUGUUUGAUAACAUUUUGAAAGCUCCAACAUCAUCGGCUACACGAUUAGGUGAAGCGUCUUUAACUUACUUAAAUCAAGGACAAACGUAUGAGCUUAAAUUGAACUCGAAAACACCAGAGAUAAAAUUUAUCAAGACAUGGAUUCGAGUUACUUUCUAUGAUAAACGGAUGGAAUUAAAUGAACACGAGCUUUGGGAUAACUGGCAUCAAACACACCCUGGUGAAAACCUCCUAGACAUAGAUUAUAAAAGAUCGAAUGAUUAUGAAGAAUUAGAUAAUGAAAAUACUCCAUCAGAUGAUAUAUUAUGUGUAUGGAAAUAUCCGAAAUGUACUAUUGGUUUACGAUUUAAUUGUGUCAGUACUGAAUUCACUGCUAAGAAACAUGGUGGUGAAAAAGGAAUUCCUUUUCGAUUUCGGGUAGAACAUUUUGAAUAUGAUACUAAUCAACAUUUGGGAUCAUUCGCUUGUCAAAUUAAAGUAUUCAAAAUGAAGGGAGCUGAUCGUAAGCAUAAAACAGAUCGAGAAAGAAUAGAACGUAAAUCUAGUGAUGGUCAGGCUAUUUAUAAACCAUCAGUUCCUGUGACUAAAUUAUCAUAUUUACCUAGCAAGCAAGUUAAGCUAUUUCAUAAUCACCAUCAUAACCAUGGUCAUUAUCAAUCGAUAACAGACAAGCAGUCGGCGAUCGACGAUACUUUUACAGAGCAACCGAUAAAAGUGACAAAUACACAAAUUCUUACCACUUCCGCUACAAUAGUCACGUCUGUUUGCAAUAAUUCAUGCCAACAAUUUAAAGUAGACAUGAGUAGUUUGGAUUUACAGAAUUUGGCACGAGUGGAGAAAGCGGUGAUGAAGGAUAAUUUUACACUAGAGGAUUUAAAUGAUACAAGUAACAAUUUUGCAAUACCUAACCCAAUCGAAUCAUCUAGUGCUUCCAAUCGGUCAUUUUCGGAAUUUGUUAUACCUACUUACCCAAUUCAUCGUUCGGCAUAUUCAGCGUUAAGAAAUGUAUCUCCGGGUAUAUCACCUUCUCCAUCUUCUAAUAGGCGUUUUAAUUAUACUAUACAGCCAUGUCUUCAACGACGUAGACGUCUUCGAGCAGGAGACUGUUGUGCAGGGACUUGUUCAUCAUGUGGACGCAGUUGUCGAAGUGCUUCCCGAUGGAUACGAAGUAAUAAAAAUAGAAUGAUGUGCACAAACUGGGACAAUUCAACAAAUCGUGCCAAACAAGCCUCAGUGAUUUCAGAGAGAAGGAGAGCUGCACAUAGUUAUGAAAACGGUUCCCAUUUGACUGAAUUCCCAAAGUCCAAAUCGAUUCAAAUGAAUAUUCCUUCGCAUCAGUCAAAUUCCAUAAAUAAUAACCAUCAUUCAGGAGUAUAUGAAUUGAGUACAUCAGGCGAAUCGUCUAGUCUAGGGAAUAAUGGUAAAUUAAAUAAAUAUACUAUAUUAGAUAAAUAUGAUGAUCAGAAAUCCAAACCAUCAUCUAUCAUCCUACCUGAUUAUCCUCUUAAUUCAGUAGUAAUAGCACAAUCGGAUGAGGAUCCUUUAUUAAGCAUGUCCAGUGCAACUCCAGCAAGUCGUGAUAUGGGUUAUUGUAGUGAUCUGUUAGUAUCGUCACCUUCCAGACCUACUGUCGAAGACAGAGUCAUAGAACAAAUUGAAUAUUGUACAGAGAACAAUAGUAAUAAUAAUAAUGUUCACCAUAAUAAUGAUGACGAUUAUGCAGAUUUGUUGAAAUUUGAAGAUUUAUGUAUGGAUAAAUUAAACUCUGUAGUUCAUGAAGCUACGUCAUGUGAUUCAAUAGUUUCUUUGUCGAAUAAACCGGAAAUUGAAAUUCCUUCUUUAUCAUCAUCAUCAUUGUCGUCAACAUCAUCAUCAACAUCUGUCUGUCCAUCAUCUAUAAAUACUUCUGUUGCUACUGUUAAACCCACUACUAUUACUACCUCAAAUAUAUCAUCUGUAGUACAUUGUGAAAUGACAGCAUCACAGGUUGCAGAUUGGCUUUGUCAAUCAAAUUUUGAAAAUCUUCUUGAAACGUUUAAGAAUUUCACAGGUUGUGAUAUACUUCGUCUAGCUAAAGAAGAUUUAUUGUCUAUUUGUGGAUCAUUAGAAGGUUUACGAUUAUAUAACUCACUUUAUAACAAACCUACAGUGCCAAGAUGUACACUAUACGUGUGCUUGAAAGGAGAAACAAGUAUGUUGUAAUGAGGACUUAUGUUUUACCUAUCCUUCUUUUAGGUAUUAAUAUGUUUUUUAUUUGAAUAUCAUAAUAAGGUAGUCUGAUUAAAAAUUUCCUGGUAACUAAAAUCAAUCUGUCAUAAAAGUGUGCUAUGUAGUUUUGUCCACUUAAUCAUAGUAUUGCUAUUCCAUGUACUCACUGCUUCUACUAUAUUUACUACUACUACUACUGACCUAUUAAUGUACAUUAGUAAUUAUGUAAUUGAAAUAUGACUUUCACUGAGAUGGAAUAUUGGGUUUAGUAUUAGAAAUAACAUUUGAAUAAUCGUUGUUAAGACUCUCUCUUGAUUUCCAUAUUUAAGACUUAUCACAUCUCGCUACACUCUGGGGACAUUUUUGCGGUGUCUAGUCAUUGAGUUUGAUGAUUUGAGGAAUUUCAAUGUCUUAGCGAAAGUUAGUUUACUGACUUAAAUGACUGAUUGAACAUUUCGAUGCACUCUGCCUUGUCGAGUUUUUCUUAAACUCCUCAAUUCUAACUGCAAACAAUUUACUCAUAUUGCGUAAUUGUCUUACUCUACUUAUGGUCAUACUCAGGAAACCACGGUUUUAAGAAUCCGUAAUGUCAGGGAUUACUUUUUAGCAAAACUAACUCUUUUGCUAGGAUUGAAAUUUUGUAAAGAUUAUUUAAAUUGACUACCUUAUACACUGGAGUGGUUCUAUCAAAAUAAUUAUUUUAUCAUCAUAUUCAUUCCUACUUCCCUGACCAUAAGACAUGCAUUACGUAUGCUUAUCCCCUGACUGCCUUGAUACACGAUGGUUGCUAGUGUAGGAGUAGGCUGGAAAAAGCUAGGGGCGGUCAAACCAAAAUAUGAAACCACUGACUGACCCAUAUUAAUUGAUCUAGACUACCUGGUUGGGGUCUGCGCGAUUAUCGCAACCAGUCGUUAUAGACUUUGGGUGGCCAUAGCUUAAAGUUGUUCGCAAUGGCAGAGGCGCAUUCACUCGUUGUCUUUUCUUAAAUCCUAAGUUUCUGGAUUCCUUUUAAAUAUUUUUUACUAUUGCACUAAUUCAUAUUUUCUCGAAUAGUAUCUUUGAUGCCUAAUUUUUUUAUUACAACUGAUACUAUCAAGUACCUCGAUUACUCUAGAAUUUCCCCUGAUAUUUUCAUCUCAUUUUGAUGAUGGGGUGUAGCGACGUGAAUCGAUGUACAUAUAUACCAGGUUCUACGUUGCUUAUAUGAAAACUGACUGAUUGAUUCAUCCCUACUUUAUUUGUUUGUGUUUUGUUUACAUAAUUUUAGUCUAUCAUGCAAUUAUGCUCUAUGAAAUGAAGGUUCAUGAAUUACGUAGUCGAAUGGCUUUUAUAUUAUCUUGUCGUCAAGAAUGCAUCAAAAUUAUAUGCCUUGUCACAGAAAAUGAUAUUCCUGUCCUAUUAACUGAUGAGCUCAUUGUUCAAUUGAAAGAUAAAAGUACCCAUCAAAUUACAUUGAAUAAAAUCUGUUGCAAUAAAAUUAAUUUAUUUUUAAAACCUACACAAUAAUAAAUGACAAAAAAAACUUUUUCUAUAUUGAAUUGUACAGAUUUGUUUGUUUGUUUGUUUUAUCUUGAAUAUGUUGACCAUCUUCUUCUUCUUUUUUGUUUGUCUUGUCAUUUCAUUUUCUUUUUGUUUAAAAGAUUAUGCAUUUGUUAUUUCAUAUGCAUCUAUUAUACAUAGACUUUAUGAAUUGAAUAUAUAAUGAACUGUUCAUCUUC